AUGGAGCAGCCGCCAAUCGAUAGCCACAGACCAUCGGGAAUCCCUCGACUUUCCCGUCUUCCUAUACCUACAUCUACUUUGCGACAAAUUCGAUCUAAGGAGACUUUGCAGUCUUCAAACAAGUGUAAUCUAUCCAAGCCUGAGUAUCGUCAACCAUCCUCUCCAGAACAUACGCAGGUAUCUUCGAAAGCAACUAUAUCAACGGCCCAUGAAAAUCUGGAUGUAACUAGAGCUUUACGUACUCGAAUACCAUCCACUAGCGGUGUCUCAUCUCAUAUACCCCGAAGCCAGUCAGGAAGGCCCAAUUCACAUAAAAUAUUGGUAGAUUCACCUAAGAAUACUCUAUCUGGAGGUACCAGCCAUAGAGAAAAUAAGAAUACCUUCACCACAGAAGAAUCCAACGAUGAAACUGGUGCCUACAAUCUCUCAAGAUCAAGUCGACCGUCUCUAUCAGAGAGGACGGUUGAAACUUUACAAAGUAUACCGCCGUCACCGUCUUUACGAAGGAGAGAUUCGAACUUCUUCAAUAGUGAUGCUGACUCUCGUUCUGACUCGCGACCAAAUUCGAGCUCAGGUCUCAGGAACAGCGGAGCAAUAGGGUCUGGUCCCGAGAGCUCACGAGGCUCAAUCUCGCAAACUUUAAAAAUUCCACAGCCGCGAAAAGUAUCUAUCCCAAGCAAAAUAUCUACCAAUACAAAAACUUUACGAUUACCGAGUACUCCCCGAAAUCUAGCACCCAACUCCCCCACAUUCGAAAUGGCUUCAGAAAUAACGAAACGAAGUCCAAAUAGCAUUGGCAAUCGCUAUAACGCUGGAAGUACACCGCUGUCCACAAGAUCCAUGAAGCAGAGGUCGUCUGUAAUCGGACUUUUUCAGAGCCCAUCUGUCGCUGUAAUCAAACCGUUAUCUCAGGGUACCAAGACUCAAAAACUUUCAGAUUCAUCCAGAAAACUAUCGGCCCCAAAAGAUGAUGCUUCAAACUUAGAAAGUUCUAAAUUACAUGGAAUAAAACUUACACCUUCAACAAGCGGAAAUACCGAAAUAACGCAUCGAAAAUCCUCAGCAGCUCUUCGUGAGCAGAUUUCCAAAGCUAAGGCGGCAGCUAAACGUGUAAAUACUUCUGACUCGCAACAUGACAGAAAAGAUCUCAAAGAUAUUCCAGUCAUUCCGAGUGUCUCAUUUGAUUUCGGACUCUCUAGCGAUCCAUUCAACCAAAAAGUUGUUUUGAGCAGCAACAAGGAACUUUUAAUUAAGCGUGUGCAAUCUGCUCAAACAAGUGGUCGACUCAACAUUUCUGCUAUGGAACUUAAAGAAAUCCCUGAAGAGGUUUUAAAUAUGUACAAUUUACAAUCGAUGGGAGAAACCUCAUGGGCCGAAGCAGUCGAUCUAACUAAGUUUGUUGCGGCCGACAAUCAAAUUGAGAAGCUUUCGGAUGAUGUAUUUCCUGACUUCGACUUUCAACGAGAACACGAAGAAGACGAAACUCAUGGUAAUCAAUUUUCCGGCUUAGAAGUAAUGGAUAUGCGUGGAAACAGGCUAUCAACUCUCCCCAUAGGACUCAGAAGACUUCAACUACUGACUACCUUAAACCUUGCCAAUAAUCAACUGAAUAACUCUUGUUUGGACGUGAUUUCUCAAAUCAGUUCUCUUCGAGACCUCAGUCUUAAUAAUAAUAUGCUCACUGACCAGCUCGAUACAGCUCUAACAAAGCUUAAGAACUUGGAAGUCCUUCACUUAUCUCAAAACAAACUAUCUACACUACCAGAAAGCCUUGUAGAACUUGGAAGAUUGCGAACCCUUCAUCUUGCUGAAAAUUCUUUCAAAUCCCUCCCGUUCAACGCUCUUUGCAAGUUACCCCUGACUGAGUUGAACGCCUCUAAAAACAAAUUAGGUGGUACCCUGAUACCGGAAGAUAUUGAUGAGUUGCAUUGCCUAAAAGUGCUUGAUGUCAGUAAAAAUAUGUUGACUAGUUUACAUGUCUCUGCAAAUAUUAAGUUUCCAGCUCUCCAGCAGCUAAAUUGCUCUUUCAAUAAUCUAAUUGAUCUCCCUGAUAUGACAGGAUGGGACUCCCUUCUCACAAUAACGGCAGAAGAAAACCACAUAGAAGUCUUACCCCAAGACUUUGUUGCGCUACCAAAAUUAAAAAGUGUUAACUUCAACGGGAAUAACUUAAAAGUUUUAGACGACAGAAUAGGAAGAAUGGAAAGCCUAGAAGUCUUGUGGAUUAACGGAAAUCCGCUUCGAAAUCGAAAGCUUAUAGGAAUUCCUACCGAGGACUUGAAGCAAUUACUCUUGGCGAGAUUGGAACCUGAAAUCGAAGGCGAGAGAGAAAAAGACGCUGACUCAGAGCAAGUGUUCUUUUUGGCUCACGAAUCGCCAUGUCCAUCACCUCCUUCAGCCUCGUCAGAAUGGUCCGUGCAAGCAGGAGGAAUCCUCGAUAUUUCAAAUUCAAGUUCUAGCUCAUUAAACCCUAUAGCUGCAGCAGAUGUAGCUUUUAAUCAUCGAAUCAAGAUUCUUCAAAUCCAUCACAAUAGUUUUCAAACUAUUCCUCUAUCGAUCUCAUAUUUUGCAAUAACUCUUACAAAGCUGAACCUUUCAAAUAAUGAGCUUACUGAUGACACAUAUUUUUGUGAUAAACUUGAGUUGCCGGCCCUCCAGGACCUGAACCUCUGUUCAAAUACUAUAAGUUCAUUGGAACCUCUCUGCCACAAUUUGCAAGCAAAAAAUCUAGAGCGGCUUGAUGUCAGCUUUAAUCGUGUCACUUUUCUUCCAAUUUUGCCUAGCUAUUUUCCUGCGCUGAAAAUCCUAAUAGCUUCGCACAAUAAAAUAAAAGUCCUCUCACCUGAAUCUAUAACGGGCUUGAAUGUUGUAGACUGCAGUAGUAACGAAAUAAACUGUCUUAACGCCAAAAUAGGUCUGCUUGGCGUAUCACACGGUCUUCGGAGCUUGGAUGUUAGUGGAAAUUGUUUUAAAGUGCCCAAAUACACUAUCUUGGAAAAAGGAACCGAGGCAACUCUUGCUUGGUUACGCGAAAAAAUUCCUGCAAACGAAUUGAGCAAUAAUGAUACUAAUUACGGAAGCCUUGACUGA